AUGGCGAAGGCUACGACGAAGUCUGAGAAAGCUGCAAAACUCUCCAAGAAACCUUCCAAACCCGAUCUGAAGGACGAGGCAAAAGUAAAACCGGCGAAACCGUCCAAGGCUGCGGCCGACCCCUCUGCGUCCAAAUCCAAGAAGGAGCUCAAGAGCAAAAGCGCGGCGAAGGACGUCGAGGCACAACCGGAGCCUGAGCACGACAAACCAGCUGUUUCCCCAAAAAAGAAGGCCUCCAAGAAGGGCGAAAGCGCGAGGGAAAAGGAGGCCGAGCCCUCCAGGAGUGAAGUAGGAGUGGAAGGAAAGACGGUGAGCGGGACCAAGUCCCCCGGGGCUGCGAUCGGCGAGAAUGCGAAGGAGAAGAGGAAGCGGAAGGCAUCCGUGGUCGAGGCAGUCCCAGUCAACUCGAAGAAGACACGCAAGGACAAGGACGUAGAGCCUGUCGAGGAGUCUACGGACGAGCCGAUGAAGCCCACGAAGAAAUCCAAGUCUUCGGUGCCGGCGGUGAAAAGCUCGACUCCAUCACCCUCCAAGGAGUCGAAAAAGACACGGACGAAGGGUCAAAAGUCCGAACCCGAGCCUGCAGAGGUGGAAGCUGAAGAGGAUGUGCAAGCGGAGGACGAGGACGAGCAACAAGUCUUCGGGUUUUCUUCCGAUGACGACGACUCGUCAGACGAAGAGGUCGCCGACGACAUCCCUGGUAUCGACAUCGGCAAGCUACCUACCAUCGCGAAGGAUGACGAAACCGUCAAGCGCAAACUCGAGAAGGCGAAGCGGAAACGGAACCAAGACGUUGGUGUUAUCUACCUAGGCCGGAUACCGCAUGGUUUCUACGAGGACCAGAUGCGCGCAUAUUUCUUGCAGUUCGGGGAUAUUACCCGCCUACGAGUCUCUCGCAACAAGAAGACGGGCAAACCAAAGCACUACGCGUUCAUCGAGUUCGACUCGUCUUCAGUAGCACAGAUCGUCGCCGAGACGAUGGACAACUACCUCCUCAUGGGUCACAUCCUUACGUGCAAGGUCAUCCCAAAGGAUCAAGUCCAUCCCGAGCUAUGGGUCGGCGCGAACAGGAAGUGGCGAGCAGUUCCGCGCAGCAGGGUCGCAAGGGUAGAGCAGAACAGACCGCGGACCGAACAGGAGAUCGCGCAGGCAGAAAAGAGGCUGCUCAAGCGUCAGGACCAAAGAAAACGCAAGCUGGAGGAGGCGGGUAUCGACUACGACUUUAGCGCCGUUGCAUAUGUGAGUUCACCGUAG